AUGCGGUCACCAGCGUCUUCCCGUCGGGCAAGUGCUCUCAACAAACUGUGUGACAGCUGUCAUGCCUGUGGAUUGUCCAAGGUCAAAUGCUCCAAGGAGAAACCGACCUGUUCCCGAUGCCGCAGACGCGGGACUGCCUGUGAGUAUUUUGAGACUAAACGUCCCGGCCGCAAACCGGAUAGUCGAUCUGGGGGAGAGCCAAACCCCGCGCACUUGUCCCGCAGCCUACCUUCACCAGCGUCCUCGACCGCGAUCUCUCAUGGACAUUUUCCGGAUCCGGACGCCUUCGAUCCACUCUUCGCCUUGUCGGAACCGUUCGACAGCACGCCCGAACUGCAUUCAGGUCCCUUGUCCACGGUUAACUCGAGCUUAUCCUCUGCACUGACCACCUGGUGCCCCGACUUUGACGACUUUUUCUCCUUUCCGCUGUCCACCGAUCAGGACCCGUUUUCUGGAGACUGUGCUGCUGCCCAGAGCGUCCAUGACGGGGCGACCAGCCGUCCGACGAAUCUCUGUCGCCACGGCGGGCGCUCUCCCACUGUCCCAGAUGACACGAUCUAUCUGUUUGGCAAGCCAGUGGAUCCCUCCCCUUCAGACCAAUCACUGCCUCCGACAACUACAAUCGGCAGGAGGGCCUCUCCUAUGUCCAGGACGGAUACACAGGCAGAUUGUCGUCGCUUAUCCUGCCAGUGCUUACUGCGCGCCAUUGAUCUACUCAAGCAAUUCGUCUCCGAGGAGGUCAUUCCCAGAGAGCGGGAUAUCGAAUCUUGUCCGCCAUCGAUCGACGCCGUAGUGAAAGUAAACAGCCACGCCACUGAUGCCAUUACCGGGAUCUUGCAAUGUCCGUGCUCGCAAAGAGACGGCUACCUCUUAGUCCUCCUGGCCUUAAUCGUGUGCAAGAUCUUGGACCGGUACGCCGCUGCCGCGAUACCAGGGAAAGGCCAACUGAGUGAGGACAGCCCGGUCGCGGGGCAGCGUGUGCUCGGUGAGCUGCACGGUAUCCAGCGGGUGAUGAACCAGCUGGGACCGAAACUGAAAACAUAUCGAACACAGGCUGCUGGACUGGGGCGUCUGUUUCGCGGAACAGACGGCCCCUUGUCGGUCGGUCUGGGGGAUCAUUUGGAGCCGGAGCUGCACAAGCGGAUGAGUAAACUAUCGUCUGAGAUUAUCAGUCUCUUACGUGAAGCUGAAUAG